CUUGUCUGCAUAAUCGAGUCAAACGUGGUCCGACUUCUUUCGGUUUCUGAAUUGUGGGUAAGAAUUGGCAUAGGACUGGUCCAACCCGAUCAAAGCCUGGUUCAGUCCGCUUCCCCGUUUUACUUAGUAUUAUCAGCUCGGUUCGGCUCAUUUACUCGGACUAAACCCCUUUUUUUUUACCAAACCUAACGGGUUCGUGUAUCUGUAUCCGAAAUCCGAAAUCUUCUUUUGACCCCAAGUGGAACGGUCUUUUCACCCCAAGUGGAAUGGCCGAUGGCCCGAUGCGGUGCGGCUAUCCGGUUAUGGUCUCCGUCUCUACCUCCUAAGCCCCCUCUCCCCAUCGUCAGCCUGGGGACGGGUCACUCUCGUCCUAGAAAUGGCCGUCUUCUGGUCCGCGACGCUCUCCUGUUCUGGAACCUUCGGGUCUUUUCUUGUACACUUCUACCGCUUUAUAAUAAAAGGGCCCUUCGGGCAAGUUCGCCGCAUUCUUUGUUUCACGACUCCCUGGCUCUCUCUCUCUAUCUCUGACUUUUACGCAGUUGCUUUUGGAAAUGAGUCGUCACCCUUCAGUGAAGUGGGCACAACGAUCUGAUAAGGUUUACAUCACCGUUGAGUUGCCUGAUGCAAAGGAUGUGAAGCACAAACUUGAAGCGGAAGGAAAGUUUUUGUUUAAUGCGACUAGGGAUAAUGUCGCCUAUGAAGUUGAUCUUGAGUUGUUUGACAAAAUUGACGUUGAGCAAAGCAAAGCGAAUGUUGGUGUGAGGAGCAUCAUCUAUGUGAUACAGAAGGCUGAGAAGAAAUGGUGGAGCAGGCUAGUAAAGCAGGAAGGCAAACCACCUGCAUUCCUGAAAGUGGAUUGGGACAAGUGGGUGGACGAAGAUGAUGAGAAGGGUGGAGCAGAUAUGGACUUUGGCGACAUGGAUUUCUCGAAGCUGGCCAUGGGUGGUGACGAUUUCGAUAUGGAUCUGCCUAAGGAUGAUGAAGAAGAAAACGAAGGGGAAGAAGAGGAGACGAAGGAGGAACCUGUUUCGUCGGCUACUGAUGAAGCUAAAGCUUGAGUGCUUUUCUGGAACCUUGGGAACCCUGAGAACGAAAUGAAGUUUUUUAUCCUCUGUUGCGCCCUCUUCCUUUAGAAUGCUGCUCAUUCCUGUGGUGUUAACUGUAGAGAAUUCUGAUAUUGGGCUUCUGAAAAGUUUUGGAUCAUGAAUUCUAUGCGAAGUGUUUCGUUCCAAGAACCUGUUUCGUCGGCUACUGAUAAAGCUAAAGCUUGAGUGCUUUUCUGGAACCUUGGGAACCCUGAGAACGAAAUGAAGUUUUUUAUCCUC